UAUGAAUCCGAGGAAGCCAUUACUGGCAUCUCAGGAACAGCACGGUAGAGUUCUGGCUGGACACAGGCUGCAAGCAGGCGAUCUGCUUCCCUCGCCUGCACCACAGCCACGGGAGUAUGGUUGUCGCAUAGGAUGCCUGAACGACGCAGGCGAAAAGGAUAGGAGUGGAAACGCAAGCAUUGCCUUUCGGAUGGUUUGGAAAAGUCAAGCGCUGCUGCGGGGCUAGGGGUAUUACGCGCAAGACCACGGCGUAUGUACGAGUCGCCGUAAGGACGACUCGUGAGUGAGAGAAAGAUACGCGAGAAACGUUAGCCAAAGGGAAGCGCGAGAGGCGAGAAGCGAGAGUCGUUAUGGGGGUGCCUCUGCUGCUUGACAUGCUCCGCAAGCCGGCAACAACGCUCGUCGCCUAAGCACCGUACGGACAACUAGUAAGAGCGAGAGCUAAAGGAAAGCAGCGAGAAGCGAGAGGGCGAGAACGAGACAGCCAUGGGGGUGCCUCUGCUGCUCGACAUGCUCCGUAAGCCCGCAACAACGCUCGUCGUCGCUCUCUGCUCCUGCAUCUGGUACCAGAUCCAGAAACGCGCUAUAAGCUACCCCGACGUGGGGAUAAGCUACGACGCGGUCGUCUCCCAACGCCAGUUCUGGCGGCUCGCGUCCGCGCCGCUCUCGCACAUCUCCCUCCUGCACCUCCUCUUCAACGUCUCCGCGCUCUGGAGCAUGGGCGGGAUCGAAACCCUGACCUCCGCUGACGUCAGCAGCAGGGCUGCUGUUACGGCCGCUGUCGGUAGUGUUACGAGUGCUAUGAACGCGACGACGUCCAGCCAAUGGCAGCCUGCCGUGCCCCCUUCUGAGUCGAGGUUCCUAUCUUCCGUGCCUUCAGCUCCGUCCUCCGUUUCGCCCGCCUCCUCCCUCCAAUCGCCCUCCCUGCCUGCCUCCUCUCUGGCUGACAGCGCUCCGAAUCCCUCCAAUUCUGAUGUCCUCACGGGCCUCCCAAGCUCCAGCUCUAAUUCCCUUAACUCAGGAGAGAUCAGCGCCGCCGACUCCCCCCUGGCCGCUACAAGGCGAGGUCUAGAAGAGGGUGCGGGCUCCAGUGCAUCGCAGGGGCAGCAACCGAACCAGCAGCAGCAGGAGCAAGGGAAAGAGCAGCAGCAGCAGCAAGAAGCGGCAAGGGGGCAAACUGAGCUGCAUUUGGUGACCGGAUGGGUGCCGGGGGGUUCGGUUGGGUACCUGAGGGACUCGUUUCUGAUGCUGGUGCUGUCAGGGCUGCUGGGGCUGGCCAUGUACCACGUGCUCAUCCACAGGUGGAGGCUUGAGUACUUCCGGAGAGUGACGGCAGUGGGGUACUCGUGCGUGGUGUUCGGCUGGAUGACCGUGCUCUCUGUGCGCCGCCCUGCCAUCUCGCUCUCUGUCUUUGGCCUCAUCAAGCUGCCGGUGUCGCUAGCUCCGUUUGAGUCUCUCAUCUUCACAUCUCUCAUCGUUCCUAAGGCUAGCUUCGUGGGUCAUCUCGCAGGCAUCAUUGCUGGCUAUCUCCUUGCAUGGGGUGUCCUAAAGGGAUUUGACACCUACUGGACUCUUGUCCUGGCAUCCUGGUUUGUAAUUCUAUGUGUCAUUAGCUUGAAGAAUGCGUCGCCAUUUGACUGCUCCAUUUUGCAAAUAGAGCCACUCCUUCCGGAGCUCACUGAAGCACUAGCCACGUCUGGACAGGUCCCUUUCUUGAUUCCUCCGCCGCAACUUCCCUCGGUGUUAGGGCACUCUGGGGCCCCCACAGCACGAGGUGACAAUUUUGUGUGAAUAAAAACACUUGUGCUGGUAAAUAGAAGAAAAAUAUGGCUGUGAACACAAAGUUGGAGACAGUUCUAUGAAGUCAAGGGAGAGAGGUUCUAGUAAGGAUACCUUGUAGUGUAGGUCAGAUUAGUCAAUACUU